AUGAAUAAGAACCCGGGGCGCGUCCUGGCCUGCGCGGGCGCGACGUCGGUCUUCGGCGCAUUCCUGAGCCUCCUCAUAUACAGCGCGGCGUGGUCUCCCUCCCUGCGAGCGCAGCUCUCGCUCGUCGAUUCUUACGAGGCGGAGGUACUGCACGACAUUCAGCGCGAACUCAGGCGCGCCUUCGACGACUCUAGGGUGGCCGUCGCGGGCUGCGCCCUGGCGGUGGCGGCGACUCUGGAGGUCGCUCCGGAAAAGUUGGAGGGCAUUCGUCCGGUCCUGUGGGGCACUCUCAGGGGUAAUGAUCGCUUCAGCAGCGCCGGAUUCCAGGCCGAAUCCAACGCGUCGGUCAGCUUCGUGCGCACCGGGGGGAACUACAGCGAGUACCGCAGGCUCACGCCGGGCUCGCCCACGCUGACGGCUUUUCUGGUGAGGGACGACCGGGCGGCGGCCGUCGCCGACCCCACGUCCGAUAUAACGGUACCCCCUCUGAAGAAUCGAGCUUGGUACGUCGGGGCGGUCGCGCAGCGUGGCACCGUCAUCAUCUCUCACUACUUCAGCGUGUUGGGCGCUCCCGUCGUCACGAUCAGCACCGCCGUGACCGACUCCUCUUCGGCGCUGCUCGGAGCUGUCAACGUGGGCCUCUCCGUCUCGAGCAUCGCGCGGAGGCCCGCUGCCACCGAGGACUACGACGUGUACGUCGUGAGCGGCACGAACGCGACUCUCAUCUCCUCCAGCCGCUCUCAGAACGCGACGGGCGAGUGGACCUUUGCGAGAGACAGCCCAGACCCGCUCGUUUCGGGGAGCGCGAGGCGCCUCAGAGAGGAGCUCGAGGACGGAGCGGACCACCGAGGGGUCAUAACCGUGGACGGGCGGCGCUACGUAGCGGGAGUGCAGAGACUGGACGCCGACUUCGACGUCACUGCGGUCGUCUUGCUGCCUUGGGACCGCUUCUUCUCCCGGCUGGAGCGGAGCAAGCGCCUCACCGUGGGCACGUCCAUCGCCUCGAUAGUGAUGUGCGUCGUAGUCGCGAUCAUCAUCGGCGCUUGCUUCUUCAGAAUAUGGAGCCGCGAGCGAUCGCACCUGGCCGCGGCCCAGCACGACGCGAGCAUGCACCGGAAGAAGCAGCAGCUGCUGGCGAGCCUCAGUCACGAAAUGAGGACUCCCAUGGCCGUAGUCGUGGGUCUUCUGGAGGAGAUGCAAGCGGACUCCGGCGGCGAAGCGUUCGAAGAGAAUCUCGCGCUACUGCGAAAGACGGCGGAGGACAUGAUGCACCUGUUGGACGGCAUACUGAUGCUGGCCAAGAACGAGGCCGGAAAGUCGAACGUGGAGGCACAGGUCUUCAAGCUGCGCGCGGAGUUGGAGCGGGCGCUCGCCGGGAUCGGUCCUCUCGUGAGCCAGAAAGAGGUGCGGACGUGGCUUCGCUACGGAGACGGCUUGGCGGAAGACGUGAUCGGGGACAGGCGCAAGCUGAGGCAGGUGCUGGACAACCUGCUGAGCAACGCCGUCAAGUUCACCAGGAGCGGGGAGAUCGGCAUCUCGGCUCGCCGAACGUCGGACGCCCCAGACGGGUCGAGCAGGGUCGAGAUCUCGGUCAGCGACACCGGGUGCGGCAUACCGCACGGCAUGGAGGAGGCGAUGUUUCGCGAGUUCGUACAGGCUGAGAACGUGCGAGAGGUUCACGGCGGAACGGGGCUCGGUCUCAGCAUAGUACGGUCCCUGUGCAGACUCAUGGGAGGAGACGUAGAGGUAGCCAGCACCGGGCCCGAAGGCACCACGUUCAGAUUCUGGAUCCGACUCAGGCUGGCCGCGUCGUUCAGGGCUCAGGACUCCAUAGUCAGCACGUUAGAGUCACAGAAUCCGCUCAAGGGGCUGCGCAUCUUAGUCGCCAAGGACACGCGCCUAAUAAGCAAGCUGAUUGAACGCUUGCUGACGAAGGAGGGCGCGGAACCGACCAUGACAGCAGAUGGCAUAGAGCUCAUGGAUGCAUACGUGGCGGCACCGGACGAGUAUUCGGCCAUCCUGAUGGACUUGCAGAUGCCGCGCCUGAAUGGAUACGAUGCCACGCGCCGCAUCAGGGCGAUGGAAGCUGCAGGGUCUUUGCCGGGCAAGAUCCCCAUAAUCGCCUUGACGGCGCAUGCCAUGGAUUCCGAUGCCGCCGAGUGUCGUCGGGGUUCUGGGUUCUUCAGAUCCUAG